GUACAUACAAUUUCAACAUGGCGCUCUCCAUCGUAAAAAACUUGGCCAAGAUCGGUAUCGGUGUUACCGCCGUCUACGUAACUGUGGAACAGGGAUUAUGGGGAGAUCCGUCACAGGGACAGGUCACUGCCAAGAAACUGGCCAACACCCUACCCGCUGAAAAAGAGUACUUUGAGAAGAUUCCGUCAACAACUCAAAUUGCUGAUAAAAUGAGAGAAGGAUGGAAUAGUGGUGUACAGAGGACGUUUUCAGCUCUGUCAGAAAGCCCCCAGACCGUGAAAUCAACAGUACAGAAAUACAUGAAAUAGACAACUUGAAUAAGUGUGUUAUUUAUCAAAUAAUAUAAACAUAGCUACAUCUGCCGUGGGUUUUCUGAGAAUAAAAUUAAUAAAAAACAUAUUCUUUAAAUAUAUUGUUAUUCGCUUUAAUUUCAGCAAAAACAAUUUUUUGCAAAUUUUUUGAAUCAGUGAAAAUACUGAAAUUUUAUAGCAGUAAAAGUUUCUCUUGGGUCCUGCAAGAUGGAAUGUUGAUACUUUCGCGGAAUUUCGACUUCAAGAAUGGCGUCAAAUCGCCAUUACAAAAAUGUUUCACCAAUAGAUAUAGCUUCUAAGGGAUUUGCUGACAAUGAAAUCUAAAAGAGAGCGUACUCACAAAUGUCAGGUAUCGUAGGAAGAUAUUGAAAGUGACGAUCUUUGA